AAAAAAAAAAAAAAAAAAAUCACAUUACUACACUAGCCAUAAUGAGCAACGGCGGCGGUCAAGGUGGCGGUUACUACAAGUACCGGUGCAAGCACUUUUACACUUACAACUGCAUGAAUUGGGUCUGGGUCAACUACGCUGCUUGUGCUACUUGCUUGGCAAUGGGACGGGGAGAAGAAUCGGAAGUCGUGCCAUCGGCAACACGCUUCGAGAUUCGCGUACCCCGGGCACUAGAUGGCAUGUUGUCCUACGAAUCAACCUGGGUUGCCCCUCCCGUCUUUACUGGAUUGACUCCAACAUUCAAUACCGGCAACCCAUCACUGGGCGCUCGCAACAGCUCGACCACCAGCCUUAGUGAUUUUACUCCGGCAUUUAGAGGGUCUCCUCCCGAGGUCUUCCCUACAACAAUGACAACAAGCGACACACCUCGGCCUGUCAUGAGCACGACAGGCCUUCACCGAAUGGGUUAGACAGGAGAGGAGGCAUCACCAGAUACGCAGGAACACAAUGAUGGGCAGAAAUAUCCAUAGGUUAUCACGUUUUACAUACCCGGUUGCCUUUUUGUGCCAGAUAUUCGACACGGGAAAAUAUUGGCUCGAAUAAAUUGCUUGAGACGGGGGAAAGGAAGGACUCGAAUACCGGCGUGUUUUGGACUCAUGAGAUUGCUGUUUUGAUACCCCCCAUACGUACAGAUUUUCAAAGGGCAUUCAUUGGGUUACUUCUUGCGAUUUCAUUUCUCUUUUGAGCAGCAGCACACGGACUUAACGUGUAUCAAUUACUAUCUUGUGCAUAAAAUCUUUUCUCACCGAACCAUGCCACGAAUAUGAUGCAU